GGGUUAUAGAGUUUGAUUCCACACAUCAAUUUUGGGGAGCCAGGCAGGAGGCACUCUGUUCAGCUGUGGGACCGGCUGGAGAGAGGGGACCCCAUUGGCACACCCCAAGAUUUUUCAGAAGUACUCCCUCCCCUUACCUGAAAACUGUAGGAACAGACAAGAACUAUCAGCAGACCAGAUUGACAUGAGGGAUGGGGAAGAUGUGGCCGUACUUCAGUUGCAAUGGAAGAAGCUGAGGUAGCAGAAGCCAUCUGCCUGCAGAAACAUGGAGCUGGUUUAUCCUGCCAAAAAGAAGAGUCUUUCUAUGGUGUGGGUCUCAAACCUGUUAUUUCUAGCUUGUUUUCAGUGCUCAGACUGUCCUAGUUCACUUGCAUAACGUCAUAAAAGAAGGACACUGACUUGUGUUUUAAUAUCAAAUGUAACAUUUCAUUCCAACAGGAAAAAAAGAAAAACACCAGAAAACCAACCAAACAAGCCUCACCCCCACCCCAAAUCUUAUUUUACAAGAGUACGAGAAAAUAAAUGUUAGUGUUAAACAACUGCGUUAAAUAUACACUGUGUUGCAGCACAACUAAGGAGCUCAUCAUGGGAUUCUCUCAAGCCAUUAGACCAAUCCAGGUUAUCAGGAUCAGGAAAAGGGAAACAAUCAAUUUGAAGUUCAGCAUUAUAAUUUUUUCCUUUUAUUGAGUUCUGUGACAGUAGUGCACAAGAUGUAAGGAUGUGUUUCAUCUGUUUUUGUAUUACAGGAAAGCAUUAAGACAAAAUUUUUAAGUAGGUGAUUUCCAUCAUGUGUAACUCUCGUACAAGAGAGAAAAUAAAAUGAGGGUUAACUUUUAGCUGCUCUCACAAACUCUUUAUCUCAUGCAAAUGAAAUACUGUUGUACCCUAUACAUGUCAUGGACAUCUAGGGCCACAGGUCUGCUUUGCUGUGUGGCCCACUUGUUUUAAUAGGCUUUGAAUGAAGAUUUUUCUUCAACAACUGUUGGUUAUCAGCUCCUCAGAUUAGCACUGAAAGCCAGAUCAAAUACAGGGUAAUAACAUUAUCUCUCUGCAUAUAAUCAUCUUCUGGAUCUGUGUAUGUAUUGGCAGUUCAGAAGCUUGGUCUGUGCACAGAAGAAUGCAUGGCAACCUCUGGGAUGCAGGAUUGUACAGAGUGUCUGCAGGAUCCUUUAUAUUUGACUUUUCUGGAGAAUGCUGUCAUACAAACCCUUUCAGAAACCAAACAAUAUCUGUAUCAGAACCAUCACAUUUUUUUAAUUUCUGCCCUUUUCUAUAACCUCAUUUCUCCACUGGCUGGAAAUUCAUCCCUAAUAUCCAGUUUUCAUUUGCUCACAGAUGGUUUGUAUCCAUUUGGGCUUUGUACUGACUUUAUCCACUUGUGUACAGAAGACUUAGGAUCAGCUCCUGUGCUUACGUGGCACUAAUAAAGAGCACAUCACAUUUUGUGAGCUUUUCUAGCUGCUACUGCUUCCCUGGUCUUAAAUACCAUCAUUGCUGGGCACCUGGGAAGACAGUGCUGCAGGGAGGCACUCUGUCCCUCCUUAGUCAUGGCCAUGAGUGUGCAAUUGUCUAGAUCAAUGAUAAAAAAUAGAAUGCAGAAGAUGAAUGAGAAUGUAAUUGUAUGAAGACUUACUUGCAGAAUUCUGGGUAUGGAUUGAUUGGGGAAAAUGCAAGUGCAUUUGCUCUCAAUUUUAUUAGUGAAGAGAGUACGGAUCUCGUUUGACUUAACCUUUAGAUAAACCUAUGUCUUUGACUCCAUAGAACAUAGAGCAACUCUCAACUUACUUAAACAUAGGUAUUUCCUUAUAUUUUGACAAUAGGAUAGCUUCUCUUUUGUAGCUUAUACAGUCUAACAUGGAUUUUGUCACUUAGAAGAAGUUCAAAUAAGCUGAACUCGUACCUGCUUCAGGUAAGAACAUUUCUUUCAGGUCUAGUAUCAUUUUGUAGAAGUAAUAUCAUAUAUAUCAUAUAUAUGAUACAUAUAUAUGUAUCAUAUAGAAGUAAUAAUCGCUUCACUUCCCGUUGAUCCAAUACCUAUUAUGAAAGUAAUCUAAGCUGAUUGUAAAGAACCAGACUCUGCUACCAAUCACAAUCAUAUAUGAUUAUAAAAGAUGAAUAAAUGGCUAUUGAUAUCAUUUACCACAAAAGGAAAAAAAAAAACUUCAAAUAAUUUGCACCAAGAAGGUUAAAUUUACAUCAAGGAUGGUGGAAUGAGGAUCCGUCCUUGCUUUUAUUUGAGAGAAAUGUCUUUGUGUGCACUGCUCUUUAGACUGGAGCAUAAAAAGCACAUCAAAAGAUUGAGUCUAGUCAAUACUCUGUUGCCUUUCCAUGAAGUGGAGCAGCUUCAGGGGAGAGGACACCCAUGCUUCCUGAUGAGUCAAGAAAUCUAGAAGUGGUGGAAGAGCAAACACCUCACUGGAAAGUUGAAGUAUUGUUUUCUGGCCCACUAAGUAAACAGUGUUUAAGUGACCUUGAUACCAGCUAACAGGAAAUUUGAGAAGCCUUGUGGCACUGUUACUUGUACGGGAAACAAUAAGAGCGUGGAACUUAAUACCAUUGUUUUCAGUGUUAGCAGUGAACUUUAUUCUUAAAACAAAGGCUAUGUGCCUCAAGUUAUCCUCCACUAGUGAUCCUAUGUUAAACAUUGGUUUAACAUAAAGCUACUUAUCCAGCUAGUGGACAUGUACUUCUUUCUUCAAAUAAUGCACUGAUGUUAUAGUGACAGCAACCUUGUGGUGAAGUGGAUAGAGUGCUCCUGAAUGACUACUUAGUUCAAGGCAUUCUGUUAGCUUGUGAUCUGAGAAGAGUCAUGACUACAAUGUCAUUUAUAAACGUAUGCCUUUGCCAGCUGAUCCUGGGUCAGGUUCUCGUUGCUGCACACUUUUUCCUUGCAACUGCAGAGAACAUUGCCUCAAAGAUUUCAGAUACUGAGUGGUAAGAUCUCAUUUCACAGUACGUCUGUAGCUUGGGUGGUGAUUCUUUCUGCUGCUUGGUUUUAUAAAUGACAUUUGACUUGAACCAUAGUGUUUAAAUGUAGAGCUUUAAAUAUGGAGGCCAGCAUCACCCAAAGCAUCUUUAGGGUACAGAAUCCAAAACUUCUAGAUACUUCAAAAAUUUGGACUGAACUAUCUGUACAGGCCUCGUUUAACAGAUUUCUUCCUAAAGCAGUAGAACUCGUGGAGUUGGUAAUUUAGGCUGAAAAGAUCUGGAGAAACCUGAGAAGUUAUGGCAUUGAAGUAUUACCUAACAGCGAUUUAGCUGUGGACUGAAACACAUUAAAUACUGUGUCCAUAGGUGUAUGGAAAUCUACCUAAAACUGAUUUAAGCACUGAAAAGACCUGAAGUUUGGGCAUCUUAAAGCGAUGGUGGGAUUUGUGAAGUGAGGAAGUGAAGGCGCUGCUCUCAUCUGUUUUUGUUGUUUCUCCUUCAUAAUACUGCAGGCUGAGAAUGGAAAGUUACAUCAGCAUUGCAGUGCUACUGUUUGUUCAUCUGCAAUCUGAUAAAUCAAAAUGGUAUUUUCUGGGAGCUCAGGAAAUCAGAAGGCUUGAAAAGACUCAUUACUUUUCUGACCAUUCCUGUAAUCUUUCUGGGAGAAACAUAGAGAAAACAUUUCACACAAAGACCACUUUUACAAGAACCAGCUGCCUACUUAUCUCUUAAUCCUGAAACACCCUUUUUACUCCUCUUAUUUGCCAAAAGUUUAGCUGUUCUUCUCCUCACGGCUAUUAUCCCUUCCAGUAUCAUACGCUCACACAUCUCCCCUGCUGAGGGCAUGAGAGUAUGGAAUGGACCUGGGCAGUAAAAUUAACAUUGCCUGAUCUGUGCAUGGAUCAUAGUCAUUCAUCCAUCCUUGUGUAUGGAGGGUGGGAAGGCUCCAAGCCAUAGGAUCCAGCAGAUAAUUGUGUUCAGCAUAGUAUCAGCUCCACCUGCAACCACAAGCAACUAAGUUCUAGAUGUUAAGACCAGCCUCACUUUUAUCCUAACUGAAGGUGUGAGGUGCUCUGUCAUUUACCAAGUUGUUUCCUCUGCUCCUGCACUCAGCUUUCUAUUUCAAUGGGCUGAAUCACACCUUGCCAGUGCAAGUGAUGAUGGGCCUCUAGUUAGAUUAAUGAAUGUGAAUUUUGGCUCGCUUAGAGGAAAUUGAGCAUUAUGAGUCACCUCAGAGAAUUCCCGAAAUAAGAAGAGGAGAUAAGAUUUUUGUCUCCUGGGAUUUUGCUCCAGACAGAAUGGAGACUGUCUUAGGCAUCCUGAGAAAUUCCAGCUUCUUUUGUAGCAGCAGUUGUAUUACCUACUCUAUUCACACUUAAUGAGACGGAGGCUGAGGGAUGAGUAUGUCUUCAGAAAUAAUCUUUUCUUCCCAUCAAGACCUCAGGGAAAACAUGUACAUUAGCCCUUUUGUCUCUGAAUUUCUAAAUAAUUAGUGUUUCAAGCUCCUGUCUAAACAGGAAACACCUUCACUACUGGCACCAGAACUCCUUUUCCCCUCAAGGCUGGCUACAGCUUUCCUCUUCCAUGGAACAAAGAGGAAGACUAGAGUUCUUUUCCAGGACUUCAAAAUUUUAUAUAGUUUUACAGCUCUUUGCCAUGGAAUAAAUGUCUACCAUGCAAACUAUUCUGACGUAAAUACAUUUGAAAUAUUUUCAUAUUUGAAUGACAAAUAUGUCUACUAUGUAAGAAAUGGAACUGAGUUGCUCACAGUUAUUUAAUUCUCUAUUUUGUCUUGACAUAAAAGCAUGAUUAACAUGCUUUAAGAGGAAGACUAGCUUAGAAAUGUAUAAAUGGAGGUGAAACCUUUCAGGUAAAGAACCAUCCUUUGAAGAUAUGGCCAAAAAAGUCUGAGUCUAUGUCUGUAUUUACAUGUAUAUACUCAGGUUAUCUGAGAACCUAAAGAUCUGUAUUAUUUCUGUAGUAAUAGCAAAUUCCAUUAAGACUUUUAAUCACUUAAAAUAAUUUUAACUGCCUCCCAUUUCCAUAAGCUCCUGAUAAAGACACUGACAAAUUUGUCCCAAGCCAGGACUUAAAUCUCCAGAGGAAGGAAAGUCUCCACGAAGACCUUCUGUUCCAGCACUGCUAAGGCUUUAGCAUCCAGAAAAAUGCCCUUUACAAUUCUAUCACUAAGUAUCAAUCCAACCACUAUUUGUAAUACACCAAGUGGGCAUCAAGAAACAUUCAUUGAAUCUCUCCUAAGAAGUCCAACACACCUUAUAUAUUUUAGAAGAUCAAGAGGGUUUCUGUUGUCUAUCAUUCUUUUCUGGCUGGAGGAGUCAUUAAAACAGUUAUAGAUGUUCACUUUUUGCACAUAGAUACUAUUUUCUGAACACACAUUAUUGGAACUGCAGUGCAUCGAGAACUGGUAGUUGAGAAGAUUAGAUCACUUGCAAUAUGCUUGCAGGUUAGGCAAACAAAAUGAGGGUGUCUGCAAGAAAUAAAACUUUAUUUUCUUGGUUGAAAAUAGUGCAGGGUGUCAGGAGUAUGAUAUGGCCCUCAAUUCUUUAAAAAACAAAAAAGUAUAAGUAGAACUUUGCUCUAGCUCUAAAUAACGUAUCGACUGUGUUGCUCAGGGUUUUACUGCAUAUUAUCUGGUUUGCUUCCAUGUUUUUGUUGAUUGUUUGUUUGGAUGAAGGUCAUUGCACUGUUUUCUGAGUUUCUUCAUUUCUUUCAGAUUCUGUCUCUAAUUAGUUAAAACCAUUCUAAGCUUUGUAUUGCUCUCUUGGAAUCCUUGCUAUUCCUCAAAAAUUGGUGUCUGGAUGCUUUCUGAGCAUUUUAGGUGUUUUGCAAUCUAGUGUAAGUUAGCUCAAGUCAAUUCAGUAUAAACCCUUGCUGGGCUCAUUUGUACAGUCCUGAGACUGACCAAUCUUUGAACAACUGCUCUUCAAGUAGUGGUGAAAUGUGUUCAUUUUAUGAUAAUUUCAAUUACCCAUGUUUCACGUGUUUGCUUAUAAGAAAGUCUCAUGGAACAGUAGUAAGGGCUUUGAUAAUGGCAAUCUGCAGCACACUAUUGUGCCUUUGUUACUCAACCUUGACCUACUGACAAACCAGAUAACUGGUAAAAACAUGACUUCUUAUCUGCAGAUCUUACUCUUCUUCUGUGGAUUUUUCAGUUGUUUUCCUUAGUAUUUUCCAAUACAGUUCAAGUAUCGUUCUAGGUACCUAUGUGGAGAACUUGGCUUCUAAUUACCUUUGUUCUUCCUCUUUCUAGAUGUAGAGAGACAAUAUUUGCUUUUCAUCAGCCCUCUGACACAUACCCUCAAAAGUAACUAUCAAGAGAUAAUCUGGUUGGCUCCUUAAACGCUAAUUUGAUCGUAUGUAACAUAGAGGAAUCUUCACUCCUGUCUUGCCGUGUUCUGACCUGUUCUCUUUUCCCACUGCAUAACACUCCUGCAGUGAGUAUCUGUUACCUUUUCUGUAUAUAGAAAGAAAUUACAUUUGACAUGUCCUCUGUCAAUGGCAGUCACUCUUUGAAUAGCAGACCUGAGUGGUUUUACUUAUUCUUACUCCUAAUGUGUCGAUAUAGCUUUUGCUCGCCUGUUAUUUCAUGUAGUGUGUUAUCAACUAAACUGUCCAAAUAGAAAAUUAGUUUCUAUUGGGUAGCCCUUAAUAGGCAUCUAUAUCUGUAAUGAAAAGAGGUAGUCUGGAGUAUUCCAGUUCACUUUGAAAAAGCUGGAUUUUAACUUGCGGAAAUGAAGGCCUGGAGCACAUAAGGACAAGAAGUGUUGAACACUUCUAAAAGCUUGACUUAAUUUAGAUGUAGUCUUCCGUUUUUUUUUGACAGAGGAACUGGAUUAAUUUCAUGGAACCGUGUCUGCGUUCAAGUAGGCCAAGGUGGGAGCCAACAGCUGCACUCAGCUCAGAGCGGUGCAAGAAAUUAUGUUCUUUGUUAUGUUCCCAAAUCAAUUGCUCAAGGAAGAAAGAGCGCAAAUGAGAAACAAGAAUGAAAUGAGAGGUAGGCUGGAUGGCAUUUCUGCCUUGAGUACCUGCAGUUCAAAAGACACACCUGCCUCAGAUGUACAUUUUUUCCUAUAGUAUCUAUAAAGCUUACAGUCCAACGUGAGCUUUCACUCUCAGGAAUCCCAGUCUUCGUGAACAACACAGGAGUUGAAGUUUUUAAGUGCCUUUAACUUUAAUGAGAUUUUAACCACUGAGUUUUGUGCUUUUAAAAACACUUCUCAGGAUUUUUUCUCUUUUUCUUUCCUUUUUUUUUUUUUUUUGGUGUGAAACUUCAACAUUUGUAUUUGUAUUUCAUUACAUCAAAAUGAGACAAUAUUUUCCUUGGAUUAAAGAAAAAAGAAGAGCAGCCCCAUGUCGGUGAUGCACAGGGGAAUGCUGCCAACAAAAAGAGGCGUUCUAUUUUAGCCAUCUGCUUAAAAGAUAAAGAGAAGAGAAAACUCUCAGAGAAAUGAAUUGCCUGUGGUUCCUAUCUCUUCUUGCUUACGGGCUUACAAUACUAGAGAUGGUGAAUUGUUGGACAUACCAUUAUUCAGACACAAAUAUGACCUACAGAGAGGCAGAGUUGUGGUGCAAAAAGAGGUAUACUAACAUGGUUGCCAUUCAAAACAAGGAUGAAAUCAACCAUCUCAAUGACUUCUUACCCUUCAAUCCGAGUUACUACUGGAUUGGAAUCAGAAAAAUUAAUGGUACAUGGACCUGGGUCGGAACAAACAAGGAGCUGACAGAAGAAGCAGAAAACUGGGCUUCAGGUGAACCAAAUGGCAAAGGGAACAAUGAGGACUGUGUUGAAAUCUACAUCAAAAGAGGGAAGGAUGACGGCAAAUGGAAUGAUGAGAAGUGUGAGAAGAAAAAGGUUGCCUUGUGCUAUACAGCUUCUUGCAACUCAUCUCUCUGCAGUGGCCGUGGAGAAUGCAUAGAGACUAUUAACAAUUACACCUGCCAUUGUAACCCUGGAUUCUAUGGGCCGGGUUGUGAAUUUGUUGAGACUUGUGAUCCACUGAAGAAACCUGAUCACGGAAGCCUUGAGUGCAACCAUCCGUUGAAGGACUUCAGCUACAACUCGUCAUGCACAGCUCAAUGUGAAGAAGGCUAUGAGCUGAAUGGAUUGGAGUCAGUAUAUUGUACGUCUCAUGGAAACUGGUCUGGCCCACUUGCAUCAUGCACAGCUGUGAGGUGUGAUGCUGUAACCUGGCCAGAAGAAGGUUCUGUGAACUGUUCUUAUGCAGAUCCCACCUAUGGCUCACGCUGUGAUUUCCGUUGCCGAGAAGGCUAUGUCCUGGAGGGCCCAUCCAGCACUGAGUGCAUGGCACAAGGACAGUGGUCAGAGCCAUUCCCAAAAUGCAAAGCUGUGACCUGCACUGUCUUAAAAGCACCUGCUAAUGGCUCUCUGAACUGCUCCCGUUCCUCUGAGUUUACAUGGAAUACCACCUGUGAGUUCACUUGUGAGGAAGGAUUUGCUCUGACAGGACAAUCCACGCUGCACUGUGGCUCUUCUGGGGCCUGGGACAAGCAGCAGCCAUCCUGUGCAGCUGUGAGGUGUGACGCUGUAACCUGGCCAGAAGAAGGUUCUGUGAGCUGUUCUUAUGCAGAUCCCACCUAUGGCUCACGUUGUGAUUUCCGUUGCCGAGAAGGCUAUGUUCUGGAGGGCCCAUCCAGCACUGAGUGCAUGGCACAGGGACAGUGGUCAGAGCCAUUCCCAAAAUGCAAAGUUGUACAGUGUGAACCGCUGAAGUCUCCUGAGAAAGGCUCUAUGGAUUGCAUACAUGGUGCUGGGAACUUCACAUAUAACACGGCCUGCCACUUCAGCUGCCUAGAAGGAUGGAAUCUCAAUGGAUCUCGUGUUCUUGAGUGCAGUCAUUCAGGAAACUGGAGUGCCAGUCUGCCCACAUGUGAAGCUUCUCAACAAGUUGCCUAUGUCACUGUGGGCAUAGCAGCCACCACUACCUCUCUGCUUGCCACAGCAUCAUUCCUCUUUUGGCUUGCAAAACGGUUACGGGGAAAAGCAAAGAAAUUCACUCCUGCCAGCAGCUGUCAGCACCUCACUACUGAAUGCCAGAAUGUCUAACUCCAGGUGUUUCAGGAAUUGAAGCCAUGUUUGCUUAUGUCUCAGAGAUUUUCAGGAAAUGAAACUGCAUGCAGAUCAGCAGCUGACCAGAUGUUUUUACCUCUUGCUGACAAGAUGAUUCACCUUGUGUAUUGCUCAAAUUUUGAACUCAAGCUGUCUGGCAUUUCCAUAGAAGACUAAGAAGCAGAGAGCAAAACUCUGGCCUUCUGGCAAAACACUGUCUACAUUCACUCAUGUAGUUAUCAUAACUGGGAGCUUGCCAUGUCUUGUCCAGAUGGUGAGCAUAUAGUAAGCUGCUGCCUAAGGAGGAGGCUGGUUUCUCCUCUGGUCUACUAGGUGAGGUACCUAGGUGAGGUGAAGACAUGCAUUAUUUCACAUCACUUAUUACACUGCUGGAGAUGUCUCCUCUGGAGACAUUUGGGUUAUACUUGCAGAAACAAAAUAAUUGGGGUUAAAAACAUUCUCUGAAUUGCUUUGUAGCCAUUGAUCUGGCUUAUUGUUGAAGUCAUUUUAUUUUAAGAUGUUCCCAUAUGCCUGAAAUGAUAUAGGCAAUUAUCUGGGUUUCUGCUGCAUGUUCCAGAAAGCCUUUGGACUUUACUGUUUUGUUGAUGGCACUGGGAAUGGUAGUGCUUGUACUAGGUACUCUGGUUUCUGAAUGCAGCAAGUAGAUGGGAAGUUCUCAUCCCCAUGGGAUUGUGCACUGUAAUACAGAUGUGUGAAUGUAAAUAUUUAAUUUGUUGUGUAAUUUUUACCGAGGAUAUUUCUGUGCUGUUAACUGCAAAUAUAUUUAAAACACCUGUUCCUGAUCUGGGCCCAGGACAUUUUAAAACAGGACAGAAAUAUGCAGGCAUGUAAUCGUAUGAACAUAAUUUACAGAUAAAAUGGAAGCCUCUGAUUUUUAUAUAUGUUGCAAGUAUGAAUUAUUGUGCUGUUAAAGGACUUCAAACGAGAGUCUUAAGUUAUGUCUAAGUUAUAAAUUAAUCAUCUCUGCUAGACUUAGAAUCUGAUGUGUAUUGUCCUAUUUGUAGCGGUAUUUAAUAAACUGUUUUAAACAUAA